AUGGUAAAAUUUUUGAGGCGUCGAAAGUGUCUCCUAACCGUGCAAGGAUCUCACAGAAGGAAGAUAUCGACUGGAAGUGAGCAAAGCGAGGGGCGCACAGAGAUGAAAAGAGUUAUCGCUUAUCUUCUAAUAUCCUUCAUAUCCUUCGCAUUUACUAUCCCAUUUGUAGUUGUAAUUUGCAUUCGAACUGGACAUUCUUCUGACACACCGCGUUGUAAGUCAACUGUUGUUGCAGAAUUGAGUCGACUCUUUAACUCGACCAAAGAUAUACAAUACGCAAUCCAUGGCUAUACUUAUUUAUUCUUCUUCAAAUUUUUCCGCAAUCGAUUGAGGAGUGUGGGUCGGAGGAUGCGAAAAAAGUGCGCCUGUUGUGGUCCACUACUUCGACAUAUGAGAAGCAUUAAAGGUGAACCCAGUCAAGUAACCGACUUCACAAAUAAUUGA